AUGACCCGGACGGCGCGGCUACUGGCGGCGGUGCUGCUGGCGGCGGCGGGGGCGGCGGUGCCCGGAGAUACCUGGCGCAGGUCCUGCGCCGCCAGCUACACCUCGGCCUGCCUCAAGGCGGAGGCGGCGGCCGUCUUGGAGCGCGUCUCGCGGGAGGCGGAGCUGCAGCUGUUCCCUGGAGUGCGGCUCGUCAGGGACAACUCGAGCGGCGGUGGGGGCGGCGAGGCGCCGGGGGCGGCGGGGCUGGCGGCGGAGCUGGCGCGCGACCACCCCAAGGACGUGGGCGCGAGGCUGGACGCCUUCCUGGCGCGCCGCGUCGCCGCGUUCCUGGCCGCGCGCUCCGUCAGCGUGCGGCUGCCCGACCCCGCCUCGCUGCUGGCCGCGUGGUCCGGGCGGGCCAAGGACAAGGGCGGCAAGGGCAUGCAGCUGCUGCUGGCCGCCGCGGGCAUGAUGAAGGCCAUGCUGGGCGCGCUGGGCAUCGGCGCCGUGGCGCUGCUGGCGGGCAAGGCGCUGAUGGCGGGGCUGCUGGCGCUCAUGCUGGCGGCGCUGGUGGGGCUCAAGUCGCUGGCGGGAGGCGGCCACCACCACGUCAGCUACGAGGUGGUCAGCAAGCCCGUCGUGUCGCACGUGGACUCGCACUCGCACGAGCUGGUGCACGAGCACCCGCACCACGGCUACGCGCCCUCCUCGCACGGCCGCAGCUACGACGAGGCCCCGGGGGCCGCGGAGCCCGAGUACCGGCCCGCCGCCCCCGGGGGCAGCCUGUCCCCGGCCGCCGAGCCCGGGGGCGGCGUGGCGUGGCGCCAGAACACCUACCUGCCGCUCACCGCCCCGGGAGGGGACCUCGCCGCCCCCGGCACCUAGCAAAACCUCCCGAGCCCCGGGGGCGGCGUCUACCUGCCGCUCACCGCUCCGGGAGGAGACCUCGCCGCCCCCGGCACCUAGCAGCACCUCCCGAGCCCCGGGGGCGGCGCCUACCUGCCGCUCACCGCCCCGGGAGGGGACCUCGCCGCCCCCGGCACCUAGCAGCACCUCCCGAGCCCCGGGGGCGGCGUCUACCUGCCGCUCACCGCUCCGGGAGGAGACCUCGCCGCCCCCGGCACCUAGCAGCACCUCCCGAGCCCCGGGGGCGGCGCCUACCUGCCGCUCACCGCCCCGGGAGGAGACCUCGCCGCCCCCGGCACCUAGCAGCACCUCCCGAGCCCGGGGGCGGCGUCUACCUGCCGCUCACCGCUCCGGGAGGAGACCUCGCCGCCCCCGGCACCUAGCAGCACCUCCCGAGCCCCGGGGGUGGCGUCUACCUGCCGCUCACCGCUCCGGGAGGAGACCUCGCCGCCCCCGGCACCUAGCAGCACCUCCCGAGCCCCGGGGGUGGCGUCUACCUGCCGCUCACCGCUCCGGGAGGAGACCACGCCGCCCCCGGCACCUAGCAGCACCUCCCGAGCCCCGGGGGCGGCGCCUACCUGCCGCUCACCGCUCCGGGAGGAGACCUCGCCGCCACCGGCACCUAGCAGCACCUCCCGAGCCCCGGGGGCGGCGCCUACCUGCCGCUCACCGCCCCGGGAGGAGACCUCGCCGCCCCCGGCACCUAGCAGCACCUCCCGAGCCCGGGGGCGGCGCCUACCUGUCGCUCACCGCCCCGGGAGGAGACCUCGCCGCCCCCGGCAUCUAGCAGCACCUCCCGAGCCCCGGGGGCGGCGCCUACCUGCCGCUCACCGCCCCGGGAGGGGACCUCGCCGCCCCCGGCUUGGCAGCACAUCCGCCCCCAGCUGAUCGCCUCCGGAUGUACAGUACAGUUAGUACUAUUGCCUCGGGAAAGACCUGCAUCUGCGCUAAGCAACGGCCCUCGAGUACAAGUACAGGUGUUUUGAAGUGAGUUCAGCUGUUUGCUAGACUAGUGUGUGUGACAGAACUACGAAGGGAGCGUAAAACAGUGUUAUAGGCAUGGGUAGUGAAGCCAAGAUGGGAGUAGGGGCCAUAGUGUCCGCUCUGAGUAGAUAUGAGGACUGCAAUGCUGGUAAGAUGAAUAAUUGUCCGGUAGUUGCCUGGCAACAGUCCAGUUUAUUUGCACUUAGCUUUGUCAUCGUGCGCUCUGUCUGGACUCUGCCAGUAUCUUUGUACAGAAGUACUAAUUUGAGGUUUUACAAAUAUCAUUCACUUACGAGUGCAUGAGUGACACUUCCUUGAAAAUUUAUUAGUGUGCUUACGUCUCAUUUUAAAUGUUUACUUAUCUUAAUUGCGUUUGCCCUCCAGUUAUAAGAAAUUAAGGACAUAAACGUGUGUUUCAGGCCCUUUAAUUAUUAUUUAUGAAAUAAAUAUACUGAGAAUGAGAUUUUUGGUGUGAAAUAACUUUUUGAUUGUUGUGUUUUAGUGUCAAUGUGAUAUUUAUUUUUGGAUGUUUUACAAAAUACAUUCCUUAACAGCAGCUAUUUAAAACAGAUAUGUUCUUAAAUUUCAUGCCUUAUUCACAGUAUAAUUCAUGAUUAUUAUCUUUAUUAUUUCAAGAAUUUUUCUUCAAAACUAUUUUAACAAAAUGCAAUUCCACUUACGUAUCUUUCCACCAAUAUUCAAAUCAAGUAUACUCUUCAACUAUGUAAACUGUAAGUCAUGACUGAGUUGACUUCGACUUGAGGAAUGAAGUAGUAUUGGAACAAAAUGGAAAGCGAUUUUGUAAUUUAAGAACUAAAAAAAUAAAUAUUUAAUUAAAACUCCUUAAUUAGAUCUUGGUUUCAAAAUUAGCGUCUGUUUACAGUCGUGGUUUCACAGGUAUUCCAAAGAUCGAGCGGUAACAAAUGAAUCUCACCACAAAAUCCUUUGAUUUGACUACAGUCUAAUUAUGUUUCUAAAAACAAACGUGAUAAUAAUAUCAUCUAACCAUGGCUAACUUUCGCGGAUGAACUCGCUUAUAGGUUACCAACCUUCAACCGCGAAUUUUUCAUGGAACCUGAAAAGUGACCUUUUGGGUUGUUUUUUUUUCCCAGAGGUAAGUUUGACCUUGUUAAUAAUGAUGAAAGUCACCAGUUAGCUUAAAAGCAUGAAAUUAAAUACAUCAAUACAAUCCUACUUUUAUAAAUAAUUUACUAUAAUUAUUUGCUAGUUUAUUUAAUUGAAUUUAACACAUUUAUAUAUUUCCUAAUUCCUCUUAAAUGACAUAUUAAUUUAGCCUGUUAAUUUUCAUGUGUUAGCCAAAAGUAUGAUUGUUAAUUAAUAUGUUGUCACACUAUACAAGUCCAUUACAAAACAGUAUACAAGACUUACGUUCCUUAUUUAAUUGAUUUUCGAAAACUUUCAAUUUGUUAAAAAACUUAAACAAUUUAUAAAUUAUAUGUUAAUGUAUACAGUCAUGAAUUCUGUGAGUUUUUACGUUUUAUUUGUUAAUCUUAUUUUGUUAUAGUUUAUUGCUCGCCCAAUUAUUUGAUGUAGAUACUUUUAAAAUUGUGUAUUUAACUGUAACCAUUGAAAUUACUUUUAUAUAAUAUUUGUUACCUAAAAAUAAAUUUUCUAUAGUCUGAGUGA